AUGAGGAAGGGCUGUAGAUCAAGUUCAUUUUUAUAUGCAUUUAUGUACAUAGAUGACUUUUAUUUCCUUCAGAAUGCAAGACAUACUCCAGGGAGCCAGCCCUUGUGGACUGGACUUCUUGUCCUCCUGUCUCCAAAGGAAGAAAAGUGAGUUUGCAUAUAGCGCUAACCUUGCUUUUAUCUUCUCUGCUAAUAGUCAAUUCACCCACCCAUCCCCAGUUCCCACUGACAUGAUGAUCUCACUUGGAAUCUCGUUCGGCUGAAUUUUGCUGUUGAGAAGCGGAAUCUGAGCAUCAGUUGGGAGAGUGUCUAAGCUGGAGGUGGUGGUAGUAGUUGCUGUAUCAAAACUUGCACCUCACUGCCUGGCUAAAUAAUGUCCCAGCCCUUACAUUUUUGCUCCAGUUUUUAAGCUGAUGGGAUGCCUUUAAAUUUGAACAUUUCUCCUUGUGGACUAGAGGGUUGUGCUUGACAAUUUGUUUCUUCUGGAUUUUUUCCCCUAAAUGGCAAAACCAUCUUUCUUGCAGAAUGGUGAACCUGAAUUGGGGGCCUUCCUUCCGUUCCUGGUGGAGAUUUAGCAGGUAAAGUUUAUCUGAUAGGUAAAAUGGUAGCAUAUGUGAAAAGCUUAAAAUAUAAUAUAAUUCACGUCUACUUGGAAGUUCGGUGGGGCUUACAGCCAUGUAAUUUUAUAGGAUUGAAACCUUCAAAUAUCUGGCUGUCCAGAUUACAGAAGCCCUGUACUCUGUAACUUUCCAGUAUGCAUAAAAAAGAGGACUCCUGUAAAAGUUAGGAAAGAUUGAGCAGUUAGUUGCCUGCAGUUUUAAUGAUGAGUUUCACUAGCUCACUUUGAUCAUCUAUAAAACCAUGAAAAUGUUUGAACAGCUGAAAAACUGCAAAGAAACAAAUUAGGUAGACUAAGCAGGAUUUUUGGGCCUUGGGUCUGAUGUGUGUGUGUGUGUGUGUUUUCCCCCCUCCUUGUAGAUGA